AUGAUUGUGAUCGCGGGUAUGUAUUAUUAUGCAUUCACGACAACGACGCUUACUUAUUAUCAAGUGCUGCAAGUGGAUAGAGACGCCCAGCACAUUGACAUCUAUCAAAACUACAAGAAGUUAUCAGCUGAGUCGGACGAGCGGCGGGAGAAAGAGGCAUACGACAGAGCUUAUGAUGUUCUCGGUAAGGCUAGGAAGAGAUCUGAAUACAACCUCUAUGGAGACAUCAUGGCGAUG